AUGAGACGACUCGCCGGCGGCGCCGCGCUGGUGCUCCUCCUCCUCCUCCUGGCCAUCACCGCCAGGCCUGCCGCCGCCGACUUCUUCUCCCCUCUCAGCCCCCUCCUCGCCCCCGUCAUGGGGUCGCUAUGCAAGGCGGUGGCCUGCGGGAAGGGGAACUGCACGGUGACCACGGGCCUCCCGGGGUACAGGUGCGACUGCGAGCCCGGGUGGAAGCAGAUGCACGUCGGCGACAGCCUCAGGUUCCUGCCCUGCGUCAUCCCCAACUGUACCAUUGAUCGCUCAUGCUCUAACGACAAUUCAGCCCCAACACCGGCGCCUUCACCCAAAAAUGUCUCCGUCUCGGCAGACCCUUGUGACUUAGCUUACUGUGGUUCGGGGGGCACAUGCAAGAACGCCACGGGGCUCAGCUACCACUGCGAGUGCAAGGAGGGCUUCAGCAAUGUUCUGAACAUGACUACAAUGCCUUGUUUUCAAGACUGUUCUUACGGAGCGGAUUGCGCAGCCAUCGGGAUCCUACCAUCCACAAACUCCAAUUCUACAGCACCACCAGCUGGCUCUGCAAGUGUUUCAAACAAUUGCAAUGCACCUGUUCCAGGAUCUGUUUUGCGGCAAAUUCUACUUCCUCUGCUGAUAUUGGCCUCACUGGCCAUGGGUCAGGCGACAUGA